GAUAAAAACAAAUACUACUCUGUAAUAAAUAAAUAAACAGACAAAUCCAGCAAAUAAACUCCUCUUUCUCUCCGAUCCUCUCAUCUCUCAAGUUUCGUAUCUAUUGUUGAAUGUUUGAUUUGAUCAUCUGAUACUCUAGGGUUUUUUUUCUUCGGGAAGUAAAGGAGAGGAGGUGGAGAUGGGGCAACAAUCAUUGAUCUAUAGCUUCGUGGCAAGAGGAACUGUGAUUCUUGCGGAGUACACGGAGUUUAAAGGCAAUUUCACUGGCAUCGCUGCACAAUGUCUUCAAAAACUUCCCGCUUCCAAUAACAAGUUUACUUAUAACUGCGAUGGCCAUACCUUCAAUUACCUCGUUGAAGAUGGAUUCACCUACUGCGUGGUUGCAGUUGAAUCUGCUGGCAGACAAAUCCCAAUUGCCUUUUUGGAGCGAGUUAAGGAAGAUUUUAACAAAAGAUAUGGUGGAGGAAAAGCAGCAACGGCCGUGGCCAAUAGCCUGAACAGAGAGUUUGGGUCCAAGUUGAAGGAGCACAUGCAGUAUUGUGUGGAUCAUCCUGAAGAGAUCAGCAAGCUUGCAAAAGUUAAGGCUCAGGUUUCUGAAGUUAAGGGUGUUAUGAUGGAAAACAUUGAGAAGGUUCUUGAUCGUGGAGAGAAGAUUGAGCUGCUGGUGGAUAAAACUGAGAACCUUCACUCGCAGGCACAAGAUUUCCGAAAACAGGGAACUAAGAUGAGAAGAAAGAUGUGGAUUCAGAAUAUGAAGAUGAAAUUGAUUGUUUUGGGUAUUAUCAUUGCCUUGAUUCUCAUCAUAGUGUUAUCUGUGUGCCAUGGAUUCAAUUGUUAAUUUCUCCUGGGUUCCACUGGAUGCUUCUUUUGCUGCCAAGAUUACUGGAUUGUCUUUGCUAAAUUGAUUCUGACGAUUUGUCUACGAGAUCUCUCUCUGCAUGACCAUUUAUGUCUUACUCCAUUCGCCUUCUGUUAGCUUUGUUUAGGAUGCGAGAGGUUUUGUGUUUUGAAUUUGGUUGUAUAGGUUAUAUGAACUCCCGAGUAGAUAAUUUUCUUCUCCUACAUGGUAUUAAAAUUUGUUUAAUGUGUGAUGAAUAUUGAAUCCCAGCAAUUUAGAUCGUCCUUUGCAAUAUUAUUUUUGUAUC